UGGCGGCUGCGCGCGACCCGGAGCGGGACACCGGCCGUUCCGCUCGAGCUUUCUCCCGUUAAUCGAGUCCGGCGCUUCGCGGGACUAACCCCCGUCCGGGGGGGGGGGGAGGAAAAAAAAAAAAAAAAACGGGGCUCGGCGUUCAGUGGGUGUCGUGGUUUUUGGCGGAUUUGUAUGGGCUGGGGUGGCGCGAAAAAAAAGACCUGAGGUAAAAAAAAUAUAUAUAUAUAAAUAUACACGAUUAUCUGAGGUGAAAUGAGAGGGAGAAGAGGCAGGCCGCCCAAACAUGCGCCAAGGCGGGAGGCUUCGCUAGCGCCAGCCCGCGGAUCCCGGGGCGGGCGGGGGAGAGGACGGGGGAGAGGGCGAGGACGACGGGCCGUGCCGUCGGCUUCUGAGGCGGUUGUUCCGAAGGGCGAAGCGCACCGCUCACCAAGGGGUCGACGGAGAGCCGGGGCGAGCUCGCUACCGAGGGGCAGGGGACGCGGUCGGGGCUCGAGAGGCGGCGGGCGCGGGAGGAGGGCGAGGCGGCCGGUCAAGAUCGUGUACGACGACCACGAGAGCGACGACCAGGAUGCCGCGAGUUUACGGUCGGAGGAUGAUCUUUCGCGAGACCCACCGCCGUCCGACAACGAGGACGACGAAGACGAUGGUGAUUAUGAUGAAGAAGAAGAAGAGCCGACCGAUCCCGGGUCCGACUAUGUGGAGGAGAUCCCGGACGAGGACGACGGCAGCUACUGCACGGAGAGCAGCUUUCGCAGCACCUACGACGACGCGCCGGGUACGGUACCGGUCCGGCUGGCUAAGCGGCUCGCAUGUGCACGCCGCCGGAGACCGCGCGUGCCCCGGCCGCGCGCACCUGUCUUUGAGGAGAAGGAUGUGCCACCCCUGGAGCUGCCCAAGUCCUCCGACGACCUGCUGGUGCCCGCCACCCACCUGCUGACGGCAGCCUCCAUCCAUGAGGUGCUGCGCAACUUCGGUGCUGUGCUGCGGCUGUCGCCAUUCCGCUUCGAGGACUUCUGCGCUGCGCUCUCGGGCCAGGAGCAGUGCACACUGCUGGCUGAGACGCACACGGCACUUCUGAAGGCCAUCCUGCGGGAGGAGGACACGGCCAACACCACGUUCGGCCCCGCCGACCUGAAGGACAGCGUCAACUCCACACUCUACUUUGUGGACGGCAUGACGUGGCCCGAGGUGGUGCGCGCCUACUGCGAGAGCGACCCCGAGUACCACCACGUGCUGUGCUUCCAGGAUGGGGAGGACUACCCAUACGAGCCACUGGAGAGUAAGCUGAAAGUCCUACAGUUUCUGGUGGAUCAGUUCCUGGCCACCAACCUGGCACGGGAGGAGCUGAUGUCGGAGGGCGUGGUCCAGUACGAUGACCACUGCCGCGUGUGCCAUCGCCUCGGUGACUUGCUGUGCUGUGAGACGUGCUCCGCCGUUUACCACCUGGAGUGCGUGCGCCCGCCCCUGGAAGUGGUGCCCGAGGACGAGUGGCAGUGCGAGGUGUGCGUGGCGCACCAGGUGCCCGGCGUGGGCGACAGCGUCACCGAAAGCCAGAAGGCCCGCCCUUACAUCAGGCAGGAGCCAAUCGGGUUUGACCGCCACCGCAGGAAGUACUGGUUCCUCAAUCGCAGAAUCGUAGUCGAGGAAGACGGUGAGCACGAGAACAAGACCAUCUGGUACUACAGUACGCGGGUGCAGCUGGCCGAGCUCCUGGAUGUCAUGGACCGAACCUGCUGGGAGAAGCAGCUGUGCUCGUCACUGGAGGCCCUGCGUGACGAGAUCCACGCGCACAUGGACAUCACAGAGGAGCUCACCAACAAGGCCCGUGGCAGCAACAAGUGCUACCUGGCCGCCGCCAACGAGGAGAUCCUGGAACGCGUGAGGUCCAAGCAGGAGGAGGAGAUGGAGGAGGUGAAGAGGAAGGCUGCAGAGGAGAUGGAGAGAUCAAAAAAGGAGCAGCUGUCCACAGCUGAGGGGAAGGAGUCGGAAACGCCUGCUGAGAAAUACCCACAGGCCCAAACGGGCACCGAGGAAGCCAGCCCUGCAGCCGAAGCACCCUCUGGUGACACUGCAAAGCACAGCGACUCUGAAUCCCCGGAGACCGGGUCCUGCGGGGCCUCCGUCACACUGCCUGCGGGGCCUCCCACCGGGCAAGGCGCAGCCGUCGAGCCCCGCAGAGGAGCGGGUCCGGAGGAGCCAUGCACGGCAGCAGAGCACUCCCCUUGGUCAGGCGCCGAUGUUGGGGAAGGUGCCUCUUCUCCGCGGGCCCCACCAACCGCAGAUGAGAACAGCCAAAGCAGCCUGAAGGGGGGAGGAGAAGAUCCAGACGCCAUCGAGAAGGCCUCCGAAUCCAGCCAGGACGAGAAGGGUGAGGGGAAGGAGAGGGGGCGAGGGGAGACCCCGGGCGGGGCCCGGGGGUUGGCGACGGCGGCAGCAGCCACGCGCAUGGUGACCCGCCUGCGCAACCCCGACAGCAAGCUGAGCCAGCAGAAGAGCCAGCAGGUGGCAGCAGCGCUCCAUGAGGCCAAUAAGGGCUACAAGGAGGGGAAAGAGGUCCUGGUGGUGGGCCAACAGGGGGAGGUGGCCCGGCUGAACCCGCGCAGCACCAGAGACCUGGUCAUGAAGGGCUCGCUCGGCUCCUUCUUCCGCCUGGGCCAGGAGGGCAAGUACCGGGUCUACCAGAACCAGUACAGCGCCAACGCCCUGGCGCUCAACAAGCACCAGCACCGCGAGGACCAUGACAAGCGGCGCCACCUCGCCCACAAGUUCUGCAUGACCCCCGCCGGCGACUUCAAGUGGAACGGCUCCGUGCACGGCUCCAAGAUGCUCACCGUGUCCACGCUGCGGCUCACCAUCAUCCAGCUGGAGAACAACGUGCCCGCCCCCUUCCUGCACCCCAACUGGACCUCCCACAGGGCGAACUGGAUCAAGGCAGUACAGAUGUGCAGUAAGGCGCGGGAGUUUGCACUGGCCCUAGCCAUCCUGGAGUGCGCCAUCAAACCAGUGGCCCUGCUGCCGGUGUGGAAGGACGCGCUGGGACACACACGGCUGCACCGUAUGACGUCUCUGGAGCGAGAGGAGAAGGAGAAGAUGAGGAAGAGGGAGAGGAAGUUGGAGGAAGAGGAGAUUAUGCAACAGGCCACCUGGGUGAAAUACACCUUCCCUAUCAAACACCAGGUUUGGAAGCAGAAGGGGGAGGAGUACAGGGUGACUGGAUAUGGUGGGUGGAGCUGGAUCAGUAAGACCCACGUCCAUCGCUUUGUGCCCAGGCUACCUGGCAAUACCAACCCCAACUACCGCAAAGAGCCAGAAGCUGCCAAGAGUGGCAAACCUGUCGAUCUGAACAAAGCAAAAAGUGUUGCGUGUCUUGAACUGGCCAAGAGUGACCCAGCAGAGCAGGGAAAGGACAGCAAGGAGGAUGAGGAUGAGAGCAAGAAGGAGGAAGAGGAGGAGGAGAUGGAGACUGAAGCAGAAGACUCUCAGCCGGAUGCUGGAAAAGAUGGCGACCCCAUCAAGCAAGAAGAAGAAACCGCCAGACCGCCAUCUCCAGGGCAACGCCCCUUCAACUACAGCGUGGUCAACGUGAGCGAGGGCUUCCUGUUGCGGACGGCCUAUAAGAAAGUCAAGGCCUCCAAGCUGGACGGGCUCCUGGAGCGUCGAGUCAAGCAGCACGCCAUCGAGGAGAAGCAGCGCGCCGAACGCCGCAAGCUGGCCUUCGUGUCCAACCCCAAGGUCGUAAUCCAGAGGCUCGAGGUCAAAAUGGAGCCACAGGCCACGGCGAUCCCCACACGAGCCGAGGUCGCGAAGCCUGCCGGCUCACCCAAGGAGCUUGCGCGUCCCGCCCAGAGCCCGACCGUCGGUCAGGGUGCGGAUACCAAGUCGCACCAAAGGACAGGUGGGUCCGCAGGUGAGUGUGUGGGACAGGCGGGACCCGCCGGAGGGAGUAAUCUGGCGCAGCACGGCACUGAGGCCAAGCUCCAAGCAACUGCGCCUCCUUUCUCAGGGGACACUGAUAAGCAACGUGCUACCGCGGACACCAGCAGCCUAAGCCUGCAGGGGGGGAAUGCUGCCCUCCCUUCCAGCGGGGGCAGUAGCGAGCGAAAAAUCAUUAGCGUAGGCAACCAACAAACCAGUCUAAGUACACCAGCACAAGUGAAUAAUGUCACGUCAUUUGGAGAAAGUGGGGGUGAGUACAGGGAAGAGGAGGGGAAGAGGGAGGCAGGUGAGGACGACGCAGCUUUGGAACCGACGCCAAAACCGGCUCUUUCCUUUCAAAUAAACGGGCAAGAGCCAGUUUCCAUCGCGGUACCCGUCAUCAAGGAGAGCUCCUUGGGUCUGACCCACAGCAUGGUAAGUAAGAUGAAUGAAAGGGCCGUGGAGGAUGAUGGGAAGGCGCUCUCGCUGAAGGACGCUCUGAAGCCCUUACUGAACGGAAGCACUGUUCUGGGCGGGGACCCGGAAAGGACAAACAUUGCGGGAGUUGCGGGGGAAAACCUGGAUUAUCUUCCCCCUCAGAAGGUCCCCCGUCUGGGGGACACAGUGGAGGAGCUGGCCUUGUCCUCGCCAACCAUACCUAAAGCAGUGCCUGCACUGGACAGCAAAGACCAGGACAGCAUGGAGGCCAGGCUGGGCGGGGCCGUGGGAGGGGACGGCAGGACGGCGGUACCGUCUCCCGUGCCGUCGGCGGAGGACCUGAGCCUCGGCAGCGACUUCGCAGAGGGAAACUGCAACAGCGCUUCAGCCACGCCAGUCGAGCCGGUCGUGACCCCCAGCACCACGGCCUGUACCGAGUCCUGGACGGAAUCCCGGACCACCACGACCAAAAGCACCGCGACAUGCGUGGCCUCCCCAGCCCCUCGGGGUCAAACGGAACGGACUGUCGCCGUGGAGACGAAGACCGCCGUCGCGCCCUCGUCCACAAACGGCAUGGCGCUGCCGGUCUCUGUGACCGCCACCCGAGAGCGCGUGCAGCUGCUGAAGUUCGCCCGGGCCAAGAAGACGCGCUCGGGUACGGCGCUGCCGUCCUACCGCAAGUUCACCACCAAGAGCUGCAGGAAGAGCAUCUUCGUGUUGCCCAGCGACGAGCUGAAGAAACUAGCACGCAAUGGGGGCUUCAGGGAGGUUCCCGUGUUCAGCUACAACGCCAAGCCUGCCACCGACAUCUGGCCGUACCCCUCCCCGAGACCCACUUUCGGCAUCACAUGGAGAUAUCGUCUCCAGACCGUCAAGUCGUUAGCAGGGGUGAGUCUGAUGCUGCGCCUGCUCUGGGCAUGCCUGCGCUGGGAUGACAUGGCCGUGAAACCGUCCUCCAACGCUGGGACGACUCGCACUGAAACGUCAGACACGGACAUCACCACCACAGAGAUCAUCAAGCGCAGAGAUGUCGGCCCAUAUGGGAUCCGGUCGGAAUACUGCAUACGGAAGAUCAUCUGUCCGAUCGGGAUACCAGAGGAGCCUAAAGAGACGCCGACGCCACAGAGGAAGGGGCUUCGCUCCAGUGCCCUGAGACCCAAGAGGCCUGAGCCCACCAAGCAGACUGGCCCCAUCAUCAUCGAGACCUGGGUGCCCGAGGAGGAGCUCGACCUGUGGGAGAUCCGAGCCUUCUCGGAGCGGGCGGAGAAGGAGAAAGCCCAGGCUGCGGAGCAGGCCAAGAAGCGUGUAGACCAAAAGCAAGCGUCCGGAACAGCAGCCACUCCCUCUAGUAGCCCUGCUACCCCCAGCACUCCCAAAGUGAUGGUAGGGUCCCUCACCAGCCAGGUCACCCCUGGAACCAAAGUGGUACUGGCCACCAAGAUGGGCACACCUGUCACAUUCCAGCAAAACAAGAACUUCCAGCAGACGUUUGCCACUUGGGUCAAAGGCCAAGGCCAAGUCUCCAGCAGUACUGUCACCUCUGUCUCCACGACGACGGGCCAGACGUUCCAGAUCUCGGGCAGUCCCGUGUCCGUGGCUGGCAAAGUCGUGGCGGCCAAACUCCCUCUGCCCGCCAGCAGCAAGAUCGUGACGCUCAGCGUACCCACCACGCAAGGAGGAAUGCAGCAGAAGGUUGUUGGCAUCAUUCCAUCUGGCACCACCGGCAACCAGCAAGCCAUUGCCACACUGCAGCCCCGGACCACAACCAUCAACAUCAGACCCAACGCACAGGGGACGUCCACACAACAGGUGAUCACGACCGCGGGGCAGCUUAGACCAGGGUUGACGGUCUUGCGGGCCCCCAUCCAACAAGGGACCACUCUGGGGAAAACCGUUCUCCGAACCCCACUAGUGGUUCAGCAAGGUCAGGCUGCACAGGUUGUGACCCAGAUCAUCCGGGGCCAGACUGCCACCCCAGGCAGUCCUGCGAGCAGCAGCCAGGCCGGUGGAGGGGCGCUGGCCACGCCGCCGGGCCCCAGAGCGGCCCAGGGCCAGGUGAAGCUCACCCUGGCCCAGCUGACUCAGCUCACCCAGGGCGCCCAGUCUCAGAAGCAGCAAGGGACAGCAGUGGAAAGGCAACAGGGCGGAGGUCCGGGGUUGACGGUCAUGGUUCAGGGCCAGGGGCAGACAGCCGGUCAGCUCCAGGUCAUCCCGCAUGGAGUCACGGUCAUCCCAGGUCCUGGGCAGCAGCUCAUGCAGGCCGCCUUACCAAACGGCCAGGUGCAGCGCUUCCUGUUCACGCCCACCCCUGCAACGCCCGCCCCUACGCCCACCUCCAAUGCCACGCCCUCUACACCAGCUCAAGUGCAACCCCACUUCCAGACGCCUGCCCCGUCGCCGGCCCAGCCGGCCCAGCAGGCAGCGGCCCCCGUGCAGGCCGGCGCUCUCGCCCCCCGCACGCCCCCUACCACACCCCAGGCACAGCUGCCCCCCCACCCGCAGGCCCAGAUGCCCGUCCAGUCCCCUGCCGCCCUCCAGGUCAAAGCCGCAGUCGGCCAGGUCACCCUGAAACAGCAGCAGCCUCAGGCGGGCCCCACAGCGCAGGUGCGGCCCCAGGUGCAGCUGCACCAGGGGGCCCAGAUCAUCGCCGUGCCGGGGCUGCAGCUGCAACUACAGGCCCAGCAGGGCGGCACCACCGGCGCCGGGCAGCCCGUCAAGCUGCAGCUGCCCAUCCAGAUCCAGCAGGCGGCGGCGGGCGCGCCGGGCACCCAGGCCCACCGUGUCCAGAACGUGGUGACGCUGCAGACAGCCAGCGUGCAGGAGCAGCUGCAGCGUAUCCAGCAGCUCCGCGAGCAGCAGCAGCAGAAGAAACGGCAGCAGCAGGAAGCCAAGCGCGAGCAGCAGCAGCAGGCUGUCAGCCAGAGCGACCUGCUCCAGAAACAGGUGGUAAUGAAGCAGAAUGCUGUUAUCGAGCACCUGAAGCAGAAGAAGACCAUGACACCUGAAGAGCGAGAAGAAAACCAGAGGAUGAUUGCAUGCAACCAGGUGAUGAAGUUCAUCCUGGACAAGAUAGACAAGGACGAGCGGCAGGCUGCCAAGAGGCGCAAGCGUGAGGAGACGGUGGAGCAGAAACGCAGCCGUCAGGCGGCCAGCAAGCUGUCGGCCCUGCUCUACAAACACAAGGAGCAGCUCAAAGCCGAGAUCCUGCGCAAGAGAGCGCUGCUGGACAAGGAGCUGCAGCUGGAGGUCCAGGAGGAGUUGAGGCGGGACUUGGCGAAGAUCCGGCGAGAGAAGGAGAGAGCUCAGGCCGCCGCCCAGGCCGCCGCAGCCACGCCCAUGGCCCACAAACGCAAGCACGAGGAUGACGCUGUCAGCAGGUCCAAGAAGAAGAAAAUGAUCUCUACCACGUCCCGCAAUGAGAGCAAGAAGGAUACCAAGCUGUACUGUGUCUGCAAGACGCCGUACGACGAGACCAAGUUCUACAUCGGCUGCGACCUGUGCACUAACUGGUACCACGGCGAGUGCGUGGGCAUCACGGAGAAGGAAGCCAAGAAGAUGGACGACUACAUCUGCGCGGAGUGCAAGCAGGCGCAGGAGGGCAGCACGGAGGAGCUGUACUGUAUCUGCAGGACUCCAUAUGACGAAGCGCAGUUCUACAUCGGCUGCGACCGCUGUCAGAACUGGUACCAUGGGCGCUGCGUGGGCAUCCUGCAGAGCGAGGCCACGCACAUCGACGAGUACGUCUGCCCGCAGUGCCAGUCCACAGAGGACGCCAUGACGGUCCUCACGCCGCUCACGGACAAAGACUACGAAGGCUUGCGGAGGAUUCUGCGCUCGCUGCAGGCUCAUAAAAUGGCGUGGCCCUUCUUGGAGCCAGUGGACCCCAACGACGCCCCUGAUUACUAUGGAGUGAUAAAGGAGCCUAUGGACCUAUCAACAAUGGAAGAGCGCUUGCUGAAGCGUUACUACAGCAAGCUGACGGAGUACGUGGCGGACAUGACCAAAAUCUUCGAUAACUGUCGUUACUACAACCCCAGUGACUCGCCCUUCUACCAGUGCGCAGAGGUGCUGGAGACCUUCUUCGUCCAGAAGCUCAAAGCCUUCAAAGCAAGCAGGUCUCAUAACAACAGACUACAGUCUACAGCUUCUUAAAGCACAUUACCCAUAAGCUCUUUCAUAACUGUGUAACCAGGAAGUUGGUUCUCCCCAACGCAUUGAAACCCAGUGGUGAGG